CGCAGAUGGGUCAGGGACUCUGGAGAGUUGCUAGGAACCAGCAGAUGCAACACCAAGGGUAUGGUGGCCCAGGCUACCUCACCAGGGAGCAUGGCAGGAGGACAGCCACCAACAGCACUACCAGUACAAGCCAUCGCAAACAAGCCCCAGGAGGCAUCGACAUCUACCACCUGCUGAAGACAAGAAAAUCUAAAGAGCAAGGAGGAUUCAUUAACCUGGAAAUGCUGCCACCAGAGCUUAGUUUUACCAUUUUGUCAUACCUGAAUGCAACUGAUCUCUGUCUAGCUUCAUGUGUCUGGCAAGAUCUUGCUAAUGAUGAGCUUCUCUGGCAAGGGUUGUGCAAAUCCACUUGGGGUCACUGUUCUAUAUACAACAAGAAUCCGCCUCUAGGAUUUUCUUUUAGAAAAUUGUAUAUGCAGCUAGAUGAGGGCAGUCUCACCUUUAAUGCCAAUCCUGAUGAGGGAGUCAACUACUUUAUGUCCAAGGGCAUACUGGACGAUUCACCGAAGGAAAUAGCUAAGUUCAUCUUUUGUACAAGAACGCUAAAUUGGAAGAAGCUGAGAAUCUACCUUGAUGAAAGGCGAGACGUUUUGGAUGACCUUGUGACGCUGCACAACUUCAGAAAUCAGUUCUUGCCAAAUGCACUGAGAGAGUUCUUCAGACACAUUCAUGCUCCUGAGGAGCGUGGGGAGUACCUUGAGACUCUCAUAACAAAGUUCUCUCACAGAUUCUGUGCUUGCAACCCCGAUUUGAUGAGAGAGCUUGGCCUUAGCCCUGAUGCAGUUUAUGUACUGUGUUACUCUUUGAUUCUGCUUUCCAUUGAUCUAACAAGCCCUCACGUGAAGAACAAAAUGUCAAAGAGGGAAUUCAUCCGAAAUACAAGACGAGCUGCACAGAAUAUUAGUGAAGAUUUUGUAGGGCACCUUUAUGACAACAUCUACCUUAUUGGCCAUGUGGCUGCCUAAAAGCACAAUUUGGUAGCACUUAAAAUUUGUAAUUUUCAAAAACUACAUCAAGUAAUUAAUUAUUUUGUAGAGAUGGGGGUUAUUUUAGUGCUGGUCAUUCUAACCUCUGUAUGCAAUCAAAGUUUGUGUGUGUAAGUGUGUGUAUGUGUAAACUACCUUUUGGAUCUAUUUACCAUGGGAACAGAAGGAUUCAGAGUUUUGUUUUUCAUUUUUAUUUUUUUUUAGUUUGUCACAAAACAAUGCCAUUAGUCUGACACAGCCAUUUACAAAUGUUAAACUGACAUUACCAUCUAAGCUGACAAAGUGAUGAAUUUGUGCAUUAGAUCUGCCUGAAACUUUAAUAAGUUCAUUCUUUUUAGAAUACCAUGCAAUGUUUAUAUAUUUAACUAAAGAGAUUUAUAAUCUUAUUUUAUUGUAAAAUAUUUUAACUAAAAUUUUUCCUUUUAUCUCUUAAAAUA